AUGAAACCCAAUCCCGGCUAUCGUCGUAUGUUCGCUAUUGGGUUGAACCCGGAAUCGGCAUCGCGAAGUUCUCUCUCCAAAAGUGGAUCUUCUUGCGUUCAAGGCCGUCGGAAAUUCCGAUGCAAGACUUAUGACAAACGAUCUGUUCCGAGUCCAUGUAGCGGGCACAGCGGCCGUCUGAAGGCGCUCUCGACGGUCACGGGUUUCGUCUUAUUAAUUUCCGGACCUUUUCCGGUUACGGUAGGGCUGUCCAGACAAGAUGUUGCGAGGCGCCAAUUUAUCAGUAAUACGGGGGGAGUUCUGGCUUCUUUUUUUUUUGUUCAGGUAGGGCUUCGAUGAAGGCGAUAGGCCUCGGGGGUCGCCCCUCUCCCCGCUGAUUGAUAGGAGGGCCAAAAAAUGCAUGAAAAAAGACCGCGACCCUGGUCGAUUAUAGUGCACCCGAAUCCGCGUCGGUCUUUGAUUAGACUAAUGAGUUUCGAGGGAGUUGAUAAGCGCGCUUGUCUGACAUGUAUGCAACAUUCAUGUACGACCACCGAUGAUAACGCUCGUUUAAAACUCCGGACGUUUUCCAAAAUGCAUUUAAAUGGGGGUAUGCAUUAAGAGCGAUUAUGUGGGGACAUAAAUCUUUCUGACUUUUAAUUCAUCGGGACCGAAUUCCCGAAUCGGUUUUUUAUAAACUUGUAAGAGUCGGGUCGGAAGUGAUCAGCUGUCUGGCCAUAAACCGGUUGAAUGGCUUCCAAGCACUAUUUACGACCAGGUCCCGGCAUCUGGGCGCACCUGCUUCAACUUCCACAUCGCAAGUUUUGUGGUCGAUGUUGCACUAGCCCCUGAGGGGUUAAUUUUCUGGAUCCCGGCCAGAGCGAAUGUGUGGCGGGGAGGAAGGAAAGAAUUGCGUGGCUUUGAUGAACUGCACUCCCUCUUUAUACAGUUGUUUUUGCAGUUCGAACAAAACUGUUUUUUGAGCGAGAGGGGGGAACUGAAGUCCCCUCUCUCUGGCUUCACGUGAGCUUCUUGACUGACCUUUUCUUAUACUGUAAACUCUUAAUUAAAGGGGGCUAAUUAUAGACUGGGAAGAGGAGAGAUUCCUUUCGUGUUGAUCGAUCCUUCUUGGGUAACCUGCGGUCGAAUAGUUAGUCUCAAACUGUUGAGAUAUAGUCUAAUAUAACGUUUUCCAUGUCAGGGAUUAAUGUCUACAGUAUCAUUGUAAUUUUGCUGAAAUCACGUCUCUGCAGAGGGGUUUGCAACAUUUCCCCAUACAAAUUAAUCAUAGACGGCGGGAUCUUCAAAGUUUUGUCGGCGGCUCUGAUAACCGCAGCCAUUUCUGGCGUUAUAUAUAUUCAAAGACAAACAAAUGAAUCAUGGAGGGGAACAUCAUCCCCCGAUCUACUUACUGCCUUUCGUACAACCCUACAUCCUUUGCGUUUAUUUGGGAUACCUGGCCUAGCCUCUCCAAUGCAAAUAUUGUACAGCGAUCUGUGUGUCCCACCCCCACCCCUCUUCAUUUGAACUCGUUUUAGGCCAUUUGCGGUCAUUAAACAUUUCAUUUGUCAUUAAGUCGGUUGCAUUGGGGGUUUAUUUUUGGAGAACAAUUCAAAAGACUUGCAAAAUAAAUGACAGGAGGUUAUUUUAAACGGGGGAAAGAUGUGGUCGAAGUGGUUCCUUGUGCCAACUGGCCGUGAUCUAAGCGGAUAAAAAGGACCGCCUAUCUUGAGGAAUGUCUACGAUUAAUGAUCGUAUCUGAAAACCCUUUUGUCGUAUAAAAAAUGACAUUCAUUGGACAGAACUCUGAGAAUUGGUGGUUUUAUACUCUUUGCUCUCAUUUUUUCACUUAAUUUUUUGGGGAACCAUCGCUCCUUUAAAGGCACAAACGAUGUAUAAUAUAAGAGAAUGCUCUCGCUGCGAACGGACGUUGCCGCGAAUCGGCGUUCCCGAUGUCUUUUCUUGCGGUUUUAUUCAAACUUUUCCCCGCUUUCUCAAGCAUCUUUGGUCAGCAUUCGUUUACAAGACAUGUACAACAUCUCCUUCCGUCUGGUGGUCGUAACCUUUUGUGGUCGUAUGCAAAAAAGGCAAGCCAUUAUACCUGGCGACGCUCAUUAAACGCCAUUAUUGUCUGGCAUAUCAUCCGGCGACCGUUUAAACAAAGGUCUGCCUCUUUGCGGGGCGGCACACUUUGUCCUGUCUCCGUCUCUUAAGGACCGUUUUGUUGCGAUCGCUUUACAGUGUUGGAAUGGGGCGGGGAAUCCGGCUUCAAGUGCUGAGCUCCAUGGCCAUAACGUUUUUUGGGCACACGUGCGCGAAGGGCCCAAGGAACGGCCCAUUCUUUGGUGCUUGACAAGUCCAAAACUUGGCGUCAAGGCUCAGAUCAGUCGCUUCGCAAAAGUCUGGUCGUCCAGGUCAGCGAGUCAGCUGUCGCGAUUCAGGACUUGAAACACGGCCCUCUUUCCCCCACCCAACUUUUCCGGGUUUCUUUUUCCGGCGAUCCGAGUUCGCUAGUCCGCCGCAUCCGACCGCAGCGCCCGUUUUUUGAGUUUUAAUCCCGGUGUGAUAAUCCGCUGAACCGGGUUUCUUCGGGGCUGGAAAGGGGGACAAGAGACGGUUAUUGCAAGUGUUUGAAUAGUCGCGAACUGGCUGUCAAAACACUAGCAAAUUGGAAGGGAGACCCACCGACUGUAAAACUAUUCUCUUUUCUGCUAACGAAGUACAAAACUGGGCCACGAGCCGCGCUUUAAAACAAGGCGGAUCGAUGUCGGACCGGCCUUGGAUAAACAUUCUGUUUUCGUGUUUUUAAAAGAUCAAUAAUCGCCCGUCUUCACCUGACUUUGCGGCCUUGUUGGCAUCGAUAUAACGCGAUUUCUCAUCCGCGACAAAUUCCCUAAUUAGCGCUAAUUUUGGGAACGGUGAGAGGGCGUGCGUCCGAUCCCAUUUUCCGUUGUCUCAGAGCCGUUUUUUGGUCCUUUUAUUCUUCUGGAAGUUUUGGCUGUCGCGCAAUCCCCACCUCGAACUUGAUAUUGCCCAUUGGAGCGCCGCGAAGAUUCUGAUUUGCAUUCGAUCGGCCUUAAUUCGGUUGGGGUUUGAAAUGCCUCGGACUUUGCAUAAUUCGGGCGAUUAACGGGGCGAAUGGAGAUGGCGGUACAACGGGAAAUCAUGUCAUGUCUGAUGCCUAUAAUUACGGGGUUGGGUCCCGCGCCCGCUCCCGGUCAGGACAGGUGCAUUCACAGCUAGCUAAUACACCUUCGGACAUUGGACCUGGCCGGCUAAUAUACUGCUUGCGGUUGGUGUCUAAUGCCCUCUAAACACACCUUUUUAUAAGGCGCUCUAAUCGCGGCAAAAGGGGGUUUCGAAUCAGGGCGAGUGGUUGUUGUAAUAGCGCCCUUUUCCAGUUAUGCAAGACCUUUGAUGUUGGUAUCUCCGUUAUGAUCGCGGUUCCGAUCAAAAUACGACGACCUCUGAGGGAAACGGGCCAUUCCCAGUUGUGACAGUCUAAUUACCGGCUCCUUCUUCCUCCAUCUUCACAAGGGGCACAUUGAGCAACUGGAGGGAGAAGAGGGAGGAGGGGAUCUCGGGCAUUAUCCUGUCUAGAUCACAUUUGAUGUGCGAAGAUUGAUGGAUCGAUUGGCCCAAGGUGUUGGUCGUCAUGUCCGCGGGCGAGACGGGGCGGCGUUGAUCUCGGGGUUGUCUACUUCUUCGCAUUCUCGAGUUACCGGGUCAUGAGCGCGACCUGUCUCUCUUUGUCGUAUCUCUUUUUAUUAAGCUUUUGAUUUAUGGGGCGCCCGCUAACUGUUGAUAACAACGUGUACUUUAACUCCGCUCGAUAAGGAGGCGGAUGCCUGUGAUUCCGGGAAUUACGACCAGUCGGAGCCUCAGGCUCGAUCAUUCCUUGAAUUUUGGACCUUAAUGGUCGGGGUCUUAAUGAAAAAAAGUUUAUAGAUCAAUUAAUUCCUGGUGGUGUCAUAAAAGCGGCGAAUUUGUUUCUUUUUCGAAGGGGGGAGUGGAGUCGAGUUGCGUAAUCGAUUCAGAUGCUUGUGGAGGGCGAUGAUGGACAGGACCAACCGUCCAUCUUGUUUGCACAACAUUUCGGGAAGAGAGUGAAAUGGGCGAGCGCAGACGUCGACCAGUAGUUGGGGGAUUGUUGUCUGUAGUAAUAGAGCCUCUCCUCUUGUCUCGUAUCAGUGGGGAUCAUGUCCGACUACUUGAAACGCGAUUUGUAGGGAGAACAGACAAGUGGUGGGCCGCGAAUUUGCAUAAUCCGUUUGUGUCUGGACUUUAAAAACUCUUUCGGAGAGCCCCCUACCUGGUUGAUGUCAUGGGCGAUUCAAGUUGGGGUGUUAAGUCGAGAUUAGUCUGGGAAUGGGGGUGUAAACGAUCGAGCCUAUCUGUCUAUAUAUACAAUAUUAUCCAUCCACAUUUCUACUUAUUUUUGGCGGGUUCUGCUUUAUUUUUGGGGUACGGUAAGAUGUUUAAUAUUAGCGCAGCUGAGUCAUUGUUGUCCUUAAUAUUAUCCGGUCCUCAUCCUCAUCUCUCCCUUCAAUUGAAUACACUUUUUCCGCGCUGCACCCACAAAUGAGGUCAUUUAAUUUGUGAUCAUUUUCACCUAUUAAACCUUUCAGACUGCAGCGAUUAACAGUCCGGACGCACGGGGAAUGGGGGAGAGAGGAGCCACCGCACCACAGGGGUUUUUCUUGGGUCCCCGUGCGAAGAAACACCCCAAAGGAACUUAGCAGACAUUGACUACCAAUUUCUUGUUGCGCCAUCCUGCCGGUUUUUUUGAGUCCCGCAACGCCCCCCCCCUGGUUUUUUCAGACAGCGACGAGAAAAAAGAGGGGGUAAAAAAAGCGUGUGGGGGGCGACGAAGAAGUUCCGCUCCCAGGCGUCUGAAGGCGUUGCCCUCUAAGACAAAGCCCGCAUUGCCCCGCAUUCUUCCGUCGCGCAACCCCCCCCCCGUGCCGUCUAUUUAAGCAUAAUAUUUGGCUUGGAGGUUGAGUCAGCGUUCCUCCCUCCCGAGUACGUUGAAGUUGUUCGUUUGUUUAUAUCUCGUGUUGCGAUCGUAGAGCCGUUGCGUCAUUUGAUGACAUUCAUCUCGGGCCUUGUCUACGUUUACUGUAGACCUUUUAUGUCACUUUCGAAUUCUCCCACGACUAAUAAUCUCGCUUUCAGGUGCGUUUGUAUUGUUUUUUUGGAUCAGCUAGGCCCAGCGCCAACUUCUCCUUGUUUGUCCCCGUUGUUGUUUCCCCGCACCUUCGACUUGAUGUUCUACAACCCGUCCGUGGCGCCCCCGCAGCUCCAACGAGUCAUGCCCGCAGGCUGGGGUCCGCAGCCGAGUUUCCAGAAUUUCCAGAAGCCCGCGGCCUUUCGCCAAGCUGAUUACACUCCUCCAAAUCUGAUGGAUCAGAUGGUUCAUGUCCCAAGGAGUCCUUUGCCUCAGUCACAGCUCCGCAGAUACAGUGCAAAUGGCCCUGAGGCAUUGAACAAGAGGCCUCAGCCAUUGGCGAAUGUAAAUCAACAGGGAUCUCAGCCCCCGCGGAGAAACAGCAAAGUAAGUUUCCCUUCCUCUUUCGGCAUUUACAAUGUCUUCUUUGUCUGAUAACGCCGAUUGUUUUGCAGGGAAACCCCCGAAAACAGUAUUCCAAUCCCCGAUCCAACACUGCCUCUCGAUCCAACUCCUACAAUAUGCAGAAUACAAAUUCUUUCAACAAAAGGCCGGCCAAUUUCAGUCCAGGCCUAGUGCAAUCAGUCCAGUCCACCUACAAUUUCCAUCCCGGGAUGAAAGGUAAGGCCACUGUCUUGCCUUCCGAGGGUAUUUACAAGUUCAAUCAGUUCGCUUUUUUAUCACCCUCAGCCGUUUUUUGUACGAAAUGUGGACGAUUAGAGGGAUCAGAAGGCUUUUAAUCAGACCGCCGUCCCACUUUUUAUGUCCGCCGGGGUUGUUAACAUCGCCGCGACAGAUUGGAGACGAAACUGUCCCCUCUGUUUAUUGCAACUGUUUUUUGUGAGGUCUGUCCUCGGAGAAAAAGGGGAUUUUAUGAGCGGUCGUUGGGAGAAUUAAUGUUUUCCCCUUUUAAAUCUCCCGAAAAUACGGGCAACCGUCUUGAAAAAAAUCCUGGGUUGAGGCUGGAGAUCAAGUUGGCUGAAAAAAGAACGCCGUCGCAAAAAAUGGGGGAAGCCAGGGUGGCGGAUAAGAGGAUUCUGAAUUCUGCACUUUUAAGGCACCUGGGUGGUCCGACUUCUGGUUUCGCUGCGGAAUCUGGAACGGUGUUAAUUCUUGCAGUGCGAUUCAUACACGAAUUUCUUGGGUUUAAACUUAAUUAGAUUCAAAUUUCGGCAAUUUUAUGAUCAAAAGGGGUCGUAGACGUUGGCAAAGAAGAGAAUCCGAUGAGAUAUCAUCUGUAGACAUCUUCCCACAUGCCUUUGCGUCUUUUGGGCGUCCCUCCGAUCCCAAUGAUCACACGUACUUACCUGGAAUGUCUCCCUUUCCAUGAUUAAUUACUCGGGAAAAUCGGGCGCAGACAAAAAAGACCGGUCCUUAAACGAAAUUUGUCUUUGUCGCUGAUGAUCUAUUGCUAAUGUUGCGACUCUCCUCCUCAUCAUCUCCGGGCCCUGUCUGGCUUUGAUUGUGAUCAGUGCGAAGAGAGAGGGCGAGAGAAAAAGAGAAACAGAUUUUUGGAAAGAAAGAAGAUGACUGUCUGAUAUUAAGGCCUUUAAUUUAUGACUGGCCAGGUAGUCGUAAUGUCAGAUAAGCUUUGUCUGUCUCAAAAAAAACUUCUUUGAGGAACCGUUUGGAUUGCACCCAGAGGCGACGGAAACAUAUGCCGCACUUAAAGAGGCAUCUUCCUCUUCAUCGGCCUCUUAUAAUGCAAUAUUUGACUUUUCGAACAAAUGUCUGACCGCCAAUUGUUGGCUACUCGGAACUAUAGCUUGCUGGAGAAGUGCCAGACACAUCAAAAAACUUUUUUUUUACGAGGAAGAAAAGACCUUGCACAUAAUGAAUAAUAUUCCAUAUGACCGCAAACGAUGGGAAAAUGGGCGCAGAAGGGGGGAUUACACAUCUGAAUGACAUUACCGUCGCCCAUUUCAGACAUUCCAAUAUGGCUGAAAGGCCUGCGAUUACACAAAUACACCAAGCUCUUCGAGGAAAUGACCUAUGAUCAGAUGAUGCGGCUGAAUGAAAGCGCCCUAGAGAAGAAACAAGUCACAAAAGGAGCACGCAGAAAGAUUUUACAGAGUUUGGAGAAGUUGAAGGACCGAUCACAGUUGAUUCGGCAGUUAGAAAAGGUGAGAAAGCAUCCAAAGUUGGCAUAAACAUAAGUUUUGAGACCAAAAAAAAUUAUGAGUAAUAUAAAAAAAACGGUCUAAAAUUAUAUCGUUCUAGUGCAUUGAUGAGAACGGAGAUGUUCGAUGUCUAAUUGUUGAGCUCCGCAGCAUGAUGAACACUCCAAUUGCUGCCUACGAGCCCGCAGUGAUGCCCAGGCCAUCCAAUUAUAUGAUUGAUGCGAUUGGAAUUUUUGGUGACGAGAUUCCGGAUGAGGUAGGUAUUAACAAUGUAUUCGAUAUGUUCGAGAAGUCCUAUCCUUACUCAAUAGACCUGCUGCACCGAGAGUGUUAUCUUUUGCUAGUUACUGUCGCUCAGGCAUGCAGUGUAAUGUCCAAUAGAUGAGCCAGGAAAAGCGCACGACCCUCGAACUUUGGCCAGCGUGUAUUACUAGUACAACGCUGUUUGCUUAGCUAUUAUCCCGCUAAGAAGGAAGUCCCCGGACUUUAGUGGCAUGAACAAACAAAAACUGGGCUUAAUAUUAGCAUUGCCCUUUCCCAAUAAUUUUAGCUCAUCCGAAUAUGUUUUUUUAUAAAAUUUGAAUAGACUUUAUUAUAAACAAAUAUUUACAGAAUCUGCCUGGACACAUUGCUCGGGUUACGGUCCGUCUACACGAGUAUUUGUUCAGAAAUGGCCAACCGCAGCUCAAGAAUCUGGACUUUGAGGAGGAAUACUUUAUCAAGUUGUUCCAAACUUAUGAUCGGAUAUUGACCAACGAAGUAAGUUUUACAAGUUUCAUAUAGACAGUUUGAAAUUAAUUUACCAUUUGAACAUAAUGUAAAGAAAAUUUAGUUGACAAACUUUGUAUUUAUUAUCAUCAUUUGCAGGCCUUCACGAUGCGUCAGAAGUGUUGUGUGAACGAAUGUAAACGAGUCCUUCUCCGCUUCACUCAGGAAAAGAAGGCUUUAUCCAGCAGAUUCAACAGUUCCACACCUAUCCGCCGCGACUCCGAUCAGAUGCAUUCGGAUGACAGUGGAAUGGCCUGCACUCCGCCGUCCCACACACUGAUCAGCCCUUCCCGAAGUCCUGAAGUCGAGAGGAAUCUCUGCAGAUCGGCUCCAUCAUCUCCGCUGCCACAAAAUUCUCCUUCGCCGGACACUCAUACUCAACCAAACACCAACCUUAAUCUUGGGUAUGCAGCGCAGAAUCUAUGGUAUAACACUGACUCGUCUUGUUCUUCAUCCACUUCGUACAACUCCAAUAUUCAACCACCAACUGCGUUCAACUCUCCAAAGAGAGUUCCGUGCCUUCAGGCAAAGGAGUGCGAGCUGAGUGAGAAGGAUAAGAACACUCUCUUAAGACUGCUCGAUAACAACCCUGGACUCUACAAUUACCUCUUGAAUCAGCUUCCAAGAUAUCAGCAGACCUACAAUAAUGUUCAACAGCCUCCUCAACAGAAGUAUCCCGCCCGAGUCAUGUCUUACAUGUAUUCAGACUUCAAAACCGAGCCAGAAAUUCAGAUGGGAGGACCGUUAACUGCAGCGGAGAAACUUCGUUUCAUUGCUGAUUCUGCUGACUCCCCAGACGCCUUGAAUCGAGCGCUGAAUGCAGCAAUGGGCCAGUUGAACCGCGACUCUUAUUCCGAUUACAAUCCGAAGAAGACGGAUCCUCGGGUUGUUCAACCCGAUGCACCAUGGCAGCGUCCUCAGCCACCUCAUCAUGUCCAGGAAUGUCAUCUCCCGUAUUUGGAGAAAUCUUCCGAAGAUUCGUUGGCGUCGGCGUUGCGGGCGUUGAGUAUGUCAAGAGGGGCGGAGAGCAAGCCUCCUCAGUCGUUGUACGACCCGUGGAGGUCGACCACUGGAUUCGGCGACCUCCUCUCCGGCCAGGAGCCAUCACUGCGGGCCAGCGAUGUUCCCUCCAAGCCGGUCCAGCCCAUGGACAACCCGUUGCAUCGACUGUUGAAUGGGGCCGACUCCUUCUACACCACGUCUUCCAAUCGCCCGACCACCUUGAACUCUGUGGAAGACCCCUUCCACACACAAAGUGGCUCCAAUGGAAGCCUUUUCCAGGCUUUCAGACCGCUCGCUUGUCAUGGAGCUGUCCAUUAA